GACGCCAGCACAGCUUCAACUUCCAUUCCUCGAUCAAAUCUCCAGACCAACCGUCAAGAUGGGUCGCGUUCGCACAAAGACCGUCAAGAAGUCCGCCAAAGUCAUCAUCGAGCGAUACUACCCCAAGCUCACCCUCGACUUCGAGACCAACAAGCGCAUCUGCGAUGAGAUCGCUAUAAUCCCGUCGAAGCGUCUUCGGAAUAAGAUUGCAGGCUACACAACCCAUCUGAUGAAGCGCAUCCAGCGUGGACCCGUCCGAGGCAUUUCAUUCAAGCUGCAAGAAGAAGAGCGUGAGCGCAAGGAUCAAUACGUCCCCGAGAUCUCGGCCUUGGACUUCACCCAGAACACCGAGAGCGGACAACUGGAUGUGGAUGCCGACACCAAGGACCUGCUGAAGAGCAUGGGCUUCGACUCGAUCGCCGUCAAUGUUGUACCGGUCAGCCAGCAGCAACAGCAGGAGCGUGGCGGUCGCAGAGUUUUCGGUGCCGGCCGAUAAAUUUAGACGUGAGGUGAUGUGGCAGGGGAACAAAAAGUCGCUGCUUGAUCAGUGACACAAAAAUCCCAAGUGUCCUCGACAGGAGAGGGAGUCCUGUAGGCGCAGACAAACGAGACGCCCCGGCGGGCAAUCACGCCCUAGACGACAGAAAUACUUGGCAAGAGAAUGGGACGAUAUCCAGACCUUGCAUUACGCCGGAAACCGCAGCAGGCUGAGACUAUCAAAAAAGAACAAAAAUUCCACAAGAACAA